AUGGGGAACAAGAACUCGGUGAGCAUGAGCUCGGUGCCAGUGUCUCCGCCCUUCUACAUCCUCCCUGAUGUCCCCGUUCCAUCUCUAAAGCCUUCGAACCUGGACUUUUCCCAGACAUCUGGAAAGCCGAUUUUGUGCGCUGGAUGGAUAGCACCACACGGCAACUCCUCGUGGUCCCCGGAAAAUGUGGUGUACUCGCCUGUCAUUGAGAUUCCGGUCCCGCAGGCGUCCCAGGUGCGCGUGAAAAUCUACGCUGCUGGCGUCAACCCCACUGAUGCCCAUCGCACCUCUGUGCUGCCCAGAUCCUCUGAAGUUGACACCAGCAGCAAAAGCCGCCGCGCGAGUCGUCACCUGAAGCCCAUGUUUAAGUUUCCGUACGUAGUCGGCAUCGAGGGCGCUGGUGUCGUGGAGAGCGUCGGGUGGGCUGCUGCCGAAAGCGGGGAGAGAGAUGGCUCUGAAGGGACACGGACUUCUGCCAACGCCAGGGACAUCCGAGUGGGUGACCGUGUUGCCUUCUUGGCUGAUUUCACGCAGGGAAGCGGCGGCACCUUUUGCCAGUAUGCCGUGGUGGAUAGUGACAUUCUGUGGAAGCUGCCGGAGGUGGUAUGCGCACCAUCACCCUCUACCGGGGGGCUGGUGCCCGGCCGCCUCAUCGACUUUGUAGAGGCGGCGUCGUUGCCGACCGCUGCCGCCGCAGCGUAUAUCGCGCUCUUCGACAAGCUGAGGGUAGAGACGCAGCGGACCAUCUUCAUUAGCGGCGCCUCAGGCGGCGUCGGCUCGGUGGCGGUGCAACUCGCUCACUACUUCGGGCUUUAUGUGAUUGCAAGCUGCUCGACCCCGAAAGUGCGCUACGUCGAAAGCCUUGGCGCGGACUACGUCAUAGACUAUACCCGCGUGGAUGUCGUGAAGGAGAUUCUGUCGUACACAGACAACUACGGGGUGGACUACCUGCUCGAGUGCGCUGGCGCGUCUAUAGCAGAGGUGCACUCCGAGACGGUGCGAUUCGGCGGCGCGCUCUGCGUUUUGAAGGGUUUGGUCCCUCCGAGAAGUGACAUGGUGUUUCGCCGACAGCUGUCGGUGCACUAUGUAUUCCUUGGCAUGCAACAUCAAGACCCGCUGGCACGGAUGCAGCUGCAGCCGUUGGGUGAAUUGGUCAUGCAGCUCUACAUUCAAGGUGCCUUUAGCGUGAACGCAGAGCAGGUGCCAUUUGUUCAAGCAGUGGAUGCGCUGAACGUGGUGGCGUCAGGCCACGGGCGCGGCAAGAUCGUGCUGACCAACUUCCACAUGAGCGAGGACAAGGAAGAGCGCCUGCGCCGCCGACAUGUUCAGCUGUACGAAAAGGCUCAGCGUCAAUAUCAGCUAGAGGAGACACAAAUGGCCGCCGGCGCAGCAGCGGUCACGGCAGCCUCUGAGGCGGCAUCGAGGGAAGCGGGGUAG